AACUCUCCCAGCGAGCAAGGGAAAUGGCGGCGCCCAGCGAGAGUGCAGAAGCACGCUGCGUUGAACUAGGAUUUCUUGAAAAGUGCGAACCUUGGGCGGUGAAGAGCAAGUACUUUCCAAGUAAAGUCGGCGGCAAACCGGCCUGGCUUCAUCUGAAAAACAUACCGGACGGUGAGCGCCUCUCCUGCCAAAACUGCGGCGAGCCGUGCGCCUUCUUACUCCAAGUCUAUGCCCCUAUUGACGACCUCGAUUCGGCGUUCCACAGAACACUCUUCGUGUUUGUCUGUGUUGCUCCCGGUUGCUUGAAUAAGAACAAGACGGGAAGUUUCAUCAUUUUGAGAUCUCAGUUGCCGAGGAUCAACAGCUUCUAUGAGCAAGAACCGCCGAUCGAAACCGAGGAGGGCUCCGAUUCGCCUUCUGCCAGCGACUUCAACAAGUUGUGCGUCGUCUGCGGGGCUUUGGGAAACAAGACCUGCGCCAAAUGUCGCUCUCGCAAUUACUGCAGCAAGUCCCAUCAAGUGACGGACUGGAAGAGUGGCCACAAGUCCCAGUGCGGCUCUCAAACGGACCACCCCGCGACAUCGGCAACCGCGCGUGUCUUGUUUCCGGAGUACGAGUUGAUCACCGAACCGGAGGACGAAGCCUGCGGUAGUCGCGCGGCGGACAAGAGCGACGAGCAGAGGCUUUCCGACUACCGCGCGUUCCUGUCGAAGAAUCCAGAAUGCUCGGACAUCGAUUCCACAGUGAAUGCGAGCGAUUUAAAUAACAUGGCGGCCACCUGUAAAGACAAGGCGUUCUGGAAAUUCAAGAAAAUCAUCGAGAUGGCGCCCGAGCAGGUUCUGCGGUACGACUUGGGAGGUUCGCCGGUGUUGGUGUCCUCCGAGGACAAGCCGAAUGCCGUGCCGGACUGUUCCUGUGGAUCAGAGAGGCAGUUUGAAUUCCAAGUGCUUCCGCAGCUUUUGAAUACCAUUGCGGAAUCGAACUCGGAGAGUCUAGACUGGGGAACUUUGAUCGCGUAUACUUGCAAGCGAUCCUGUGAUGGGGAUAGGCCAUACCUGAACGAGUUUAUGUGGAAGCAAAACUUCUCGGAGCAGGAGUGAUGCCUUUUGGGCUUCAAUAUAAUUGCUCUGUAGCCUUCUCUGGUACGAAUAAAAAUAUUAACUAAAA